GAGAAAGACCUUUCAUUUGUGAUUUUGAAGCCUGUGGCUGGUCCUUCACCAGUAUGUCUAAGCUAUUAAGACAUAAAAGGAAACAUGAAGAUGACAGGAGAUUCACAUGCUCUGUAGAAGGUUGUGGAAAAUCUUUUACAAGAGCAGAACAUUUGAAAGGCCAUAGUAUAACUCAUCUUGGUACAAAACCAUUUGAAUGCCCUGUGGAAGGUUGUUGUGCAAAGUUCUCAGCACGCAGUAGUCUGUAUAUUCACUCCAAAAAACACCUUCAGGAUGUGGACUCAUUGAAGAUGCGUUGCCCCGUAUCCAGUUGUAGCAAAUUAUUCAAUUCAAAGCAUAGUAUGAAAACACAUAUGGUCAAGCAACACAACUUUAGUGCAGAUCUAUUAAAUCAGAUGGAAACCAUUGGUUCCCUCACACCUAGCAACGAACUUGCCAAUUCAGGACAAAGUGACCUCAGCAAUGUAGAUCUAGUGUCCCUUUUUUCUAGUGUAUCUGGGAACUCCUCUGGAAUUUCAGCUGAUAUGGCUCUAAUAAACUCCGGAAUUCUUACUAUAGAUGUCGCUUCAGUAGGUUCCACGCUUGGAGGCAGUCUGUCUGUCAACAGCAAUUCCCUUGCUCAGACAGUUGACCCACUGAUUUUGGUGGCCAGUAGUGACAUUCCACACAGCCUGGAUAGCUCUCUUUUAUUGGGAACCACCACCACCGUUUUACAGCAAAGCACUUUAAAUUUGGAUGAAGUACAGACGGUGAAUGCAGAAGCCUUAGGCUCAUUAGCAUCUUUGUCAGCAAGAAGUUCCAGUCAAGACUUGCAUGGUUUGACUUCUAGCAAUAACUUGUCAGUAGACACGGCCACUUUAUCCCCUUCCAGCAGCCUUGGUGGAAACAAUACAGCUGAAUUAUUAGCUCCAAAUAAAGCAGAGCAAACUUUGCUUCCUAGCCUGGAUGUUGUGGAGCAACAAGAAGGCAGCAAAGUGGUCACUCAGUAUGUGUUCUCCAAUCCUUCAGGAAGUUACAGUGCACAAAAAGAAACUGAUCUAAGCACGGUGACUGGCAGCUCUAUUCCGGAGAGUGGUGGGUCUGCAAGAACAGAUUAUCGAGCUAUUCAGCUUGCCAAAAAAAGAAAACAAAAGGGAAGUGGGAAUGACGUAG